AUGGGUGAACAAUGGUCUAAUCAAUAUCAAAAUGCUUGGAACAAUAUUCGUUCAGAACAUGCUAUUAGUAAUCCUAUUUCUAUGGAAGGUACAAAUGCUAGCGGUCCAGUGAUUUCACCACCUGAUGCUUCAUUUUGUACUAGAAUGGUUUCAAAUAUAUUGGAAUCAGCACCGAGCAGUUAUAGCACUCGAGACAAUAGCAUUAUGAGUAGAUAUGUGGUAAAUGCAACCAAUGAAGAAACAAUUGGUGAAAAAAUAAGUGAAUCAUCGAAUGCAUUUAUCAAUACUUCGGUAGAUUCAAACCUAGCAUUACCAUACGUUCAAUUGGGGUAUAGGCAGCAGACAAAUGAUGUGCCAUCAAUAAACGCCGAUUAUUCGCUACCAUACAUCUUUACGAGCGGAACACAAACAAAUACUUCGCAGUUAAAUAUUGGUUGUCCUUGGGUCAGUCCUGGAAGUUUGCCGUUGCCUGCAGCGUCUGAUGCUAUGCUGGGCCACAAUGGAAAUAUUGGACCAGUUGGAAAUGGUGCUCGUGCAACGCCGCCUGUUUCAAAUGCCAGUUUUUAUUCUACAUCGCCUCCAACUGGCUUUCAAUUUCCAAUUGGAUAUCCGAAUCCAUCUCAGCAAUCAAUAAAUCAACUCACAUCAAAUUUAUCGAGUUUAUCUGUAGGAAUGCCGCAAGCACCACCUAGUACGCCUCGUCAUGAAGCAUUCUCAUCCACUGGACAGCAUUUCGGCCUCCCGAUCUAUUUUUCUCAAACACCUCCUGCUAGUUCGCUUGCUUCAAGUCCCAACUUAUUUGGCACUGCAUUCUCAGGCUUCAGUAAUUCAACUGGAUACAAUGCUGCUGCUUCAAAUCAAAUGCAGUCUACAACAAGCCAGCGAAACACAUCAGCAUUUGCAUUGCAGACAAAUCCAGUUUUCUUUCCUUAUAAUUCAAAUAAUCUUCCAGCUAAUCGACGAGCCAUCGUCCCAAGUUUCAACAGAGAAACGAAUGUAAGUGUGGAAUCAAAUGAAAGGCAACGCUCUACCGUCUUGGAGGAAUUCCGUACUAAUCGAAAUCCUUUCUUGCAGUUAUCUGAAAUCGGACCUCAUGUUGUUGAAUUCGCUAAGGAUCAACAUGGAUCUAGAUUCAUUCAACAAAAAUUAGAGCGAGCUACAGAGCAAGAAAAGGAGGUUGUAUUCGCGCAGGUUGCCAGACAAGCUUCAGAUCUUAUGACGGAUGUUUUUGGCAAUUAUGUUAUUCAAAAAUUCUUCGAAUAUGGAACUCCUGAGCAUAAAAAUUGCUUAACACUUGCUAUAAAGGGUAAUGUAAUGACUCUUGCUCUUCAAAUGUAUGGAUGCAGAGUGAUUCAAAAAGCCCUUGAAUGCGUAUCUUCCGAGCAACAACAGGAAAUAUUGAAGGAAAUGGAGGGACAGGUGUUGAAGUGUGUCAAAGAUCAAAAUGGUAAUCAUGUUGUGCAAAAAGUCAUCGAAAAUGUGGAGACUUCUAAGCUACAAUUCAUUAUAGAUGCUCUUGUACAACCAGGCGACAAUGAUACGGUGCAGUCUUUAUCGACACAUCCAUACGGUUGUCGUGUAAUUCAGCGAAUUUUGGAGCAUUGCACCGAAGAGCAAAAGAGACCUAUACUCGAGCAAUUGCAUAUGCAUAUUAAAAAAUUAGUGAUUGACCAGUAUGGCAAUUACGUAAUUCAGCAUGUCAUUGAGCACACAACUGAUGCUGAUCGUGAUCGCAUUAUUGAGGAAAUAUCGGGAAGUGUUUUGGAAUUUUCGAAACACAAAUUUGCCUCUAAUGUCAUCGAGAAAUGCCUCGUGCGGGGAUCACCUGACCACAAAAAUGCACUGAUUGUGGAAGUUUGCGGGGAUCCUGACAACCCAAAUGAAACGCCAUUAUUGGAGAUGAUGAAAGAUCAAUAUGCGAAUUAUGUUGUACAAAAAAUGCUCGAUGUUGCCGACAGCUAUAAUCGUCGAAGGAUAAUGCUUGCAAUUAAGCCGCAUAUUCCAUCGUUACGAAAGUUCAAUUAUGGCAAGCACAUCAUCACGAAGCUAGAAAAAUAUUUUCAAAAAAAUGGUGCAAUUUCACCGAAUAUGCAAAAUGAAUAUUCCAAUGGUCCAGCUGCUUCGAACUGA